AUGUAUUCCUAUUUUGGCUAUUGUCAGACGCAACUAGACUGCUUGAUUCUCUUUGAGGCAGCAAAGCAAGGGCUGAUUCCCAAGCGCAAAGACCGGCUCUCUCUUGCAGAGAGAGACAACAUCACUAGCGGAGCAAUUUUCAUCUGGGACGAACAAGAAACCGGUAUCAGAAGAUGGACUGACGGUAAAUUCUGGUCGACAUCCCGUGUACUCUGCCAUUUUUUGGUUUAUCGUGAGCUCGAUAAUAUCAAAAAGUCUGUAGGCUCUAGUGGCUGCCGAAUCAAGCCCUAUGGGCUUUGCAAACAAGCCACAAACAUUAUGAACGAUAAGUCCAACAAAAUACACCUGAUCGGAUACUACUCGAAACGCGAUGUCCGUAUGGGAAGACUGUUGCAACCCUCGAUGGAUCCCAAGUUCCAGGGUAUUGUUGCUGGGGUUAAGCUACAGCUACUAAAGAAGGAGAAUCAGGGUGGACAGGACUAUGAUAAGGAGAAAGUAGGCACGUGCAUACCUCAAGGAAGCGCAAACAGUUAUGGCUCUUCGUUCAUGGCUGCACCAUUAUCUCCACCCGACGAGUGGCGCGUGCAAUCUCCACACGACGAGUGGCGCGUGCAAUCUCCACACAAAACCUUAGAGAGCACACCAGCCACGAAAUCUGCUGUGCAAGCAGCCACACAGUCUAUGGACACCAAUACGCAAAUACAGGGCUCACAAUUUCACGCACCUUACGACCUACUUUCACGACUUACCCCACCCCUCCAAAGCACUGAAGGAUCUCCUAUUACACAACAGCAAACACAAGAGUUGAGGAUACAUCCCUCUGUAAAUUUGCUGGAGCCCAAACAAAUUGAAAGCAGCUGCCCCCCGCACCAGAUACUCCCCCAGCCUAAAAGUGACAAAGCCCUUGGUACACUUGCCGAGGACCGAAGGGUACUCCAGCUACUUGAUAGAAUGCUUGCUUUGAGCUAG